AUGGGCAAGCCCGAUGAUUCCGACGCGUCUGUAGCCUCGCUGGCGGGACAGGCAGGGGGAACGUGUUGGGCUCGUGCAAGUGCGCAUCUUUCUCCGAAUCGAGGGCCUCUUGCGCGUGUGCGGGCCACGGCGCAGCACAGCGACGACGAUAGUGAGAAUGAUGCCGAAGUGAGCUCUGACGCGCGGGCUCCGUCGCCCAACGCACGUACAUGUCCCAUGAGCUAUCCACUAGCGAAGCCGCACUGUGACCGGCUGGCAGGUAAGGUGCGUCCUGCGAUAAAGUCGGAGGCGAACGCAUCGCUCGCGCGCUCGCUGUGUGAGUGUGCCUUGUUUGUGUGUGGCGUGGUGGCUGUGCUGAUUCGCAUGGUGCACAGUGUGCCAGAGAUCCGCGACAAGGCAUGUGGGGUGAUCGUGCUCAGUACGUUCGUGCUCGUGUGCUUUGCGUGCCACGCGCGCCGGGCGUGUGGCAUAUGGGCCACGCAGAUCAGCUGCCUGCGGAAGACGGACCCGAGUGAUCCGCUGUACGCCCUUCUACUCCCGCUUGUGUCGAGUGCACAGCUCUUAGACAUUGCGCCCGAGGCCAUGCAGCAUGGCGGGGGCGCUCUCGCGCCGCCAUGGAUGCAGGUAGGACGAAGAGGCACCUGGCGCGCCGACCGUGUGGGAGCGUCGCCCGACCGGAUCGUGGGCCGCGGUGCGUUGCUCGACUUGCACGUCAUUUGCUCGUUCGUGUUCUGUGUCCACCUCAUGGCAUCGCAACUGGCGCGUGCGUACGCGAAGCGCCGCGGCUCGCACGCGCACGAGGGGCCUACGUCCCGAUUGCUCAUGUGCUUCUACACGUUUUCGCUGUUGGUGGCCGUGGCUGGCGUGGGCGUCCAAGUGCUGGCUCGCUCUAGUGGCUAUGGGCACCUCGUUCUUUCGCACACGCCUACGUGGGCGACGUUUCUGAUCGCGGUGCUGUACCAGUGUCUGCUGUUUCUCUGUACGCGUGUCGCGCGGCAAAACUGCACACUCGGCGAGCUUGCGAUGAUUGGCGGCGUGGGCACGGCUCUGUGGCAGGAGACGGUGAUUUCUACGAUGGCGCGCCUGGUGCCGUCGUAUGCGCAGUAUUACUUCCGUGAACCCUCGGCGAUCGUGCUGGGCCAACUCGCUCUCGUGGCAGGCAUGCUCUUGAUCGGUCUCGUCCUGAGCCCGCUCCUGGUCCUUUCGCGCAAUCUGGCGCAGCGCCCGACGCACCGAUUACGGUGGCCGCUCAAGCGCAACUUGCAUCGGCGCCUGCUGGCGCUGAGCUUUUUCCUGCUUUCGGCGGCGAUGGUAUUGUGCGUCCUGAGUCCCUGGCUUGCAUGGCAGCUGCACAGGCGAAGUGCAUGGCUGUACUUUGCCAGGUUCAUGCUGCAGGGCCCUCAUUGGUGGUCGAGGCUCGCUCUGCUGGUCUACUGGGGCUUGCUGUGCAACACGGCGCUGCUCAGCAUCCAGCUCAUGGUCAACCGCAUGUGGCAGUACGCUACGGUCGGUGACCAGGUCAAGGCGUCAUCGCGCGCGCUGCCGCCGUCGACGGCGCCGAGUGUGCAGCCGCAGCGCACGGUGCCGACGGCCACCGAGCGUGCGAGCACACUCGCUGCGACGCAGUUUGCUGAGCGGGGCGAGCGGGAGGAAAGCACCUCGCUCGGCCCGCGCGUCGCUGUGAGUGUGAAUGGCCGCCGCAAGUUUUUCCAUGCGCUCGCUGUGCUCCUGUUCGUGCCGGGCAUUGCGUGGGACCCGGCGUUUAUGCAUGUGGCGUUUAGUGCGGCGUUGGCCCUCUUUGUGCUGUGUGAGUACCUGCGGUACUGUGCCGUCUUUCCCCUGGGCGCCAUGCUGCACUUUUUCCUGAGCCAGUUUCUGGACAGCAAGGACUGUGGCCUCGUGAUCCUGAGCCAUGCGUACCUGUUGACAGGAUGUGCAGCGGGUGUCUGGAUCGAGAGCCAGAGCCGCAUCACGCAGCAGCUCGGCGUGCUCGUGUUGGGCGUGGGCGACUCGGUGGCUUCGAUUGUGGGUCGCCAGUACGGCCGUAUCCACUGGCCCCUGUCGAGCAAGACGGUGGAAGGCACGCUCGGCUUCGUCGUGAGUAUGACAGCGAGUGUGAUGGUGCUGCGCAUGCUCCGUCUCGUGGAAGCGUUCCACACAGGGGCGCUUUGUGCGAUCAUGACACUCCUUGCUGUCAUUGAAGGCGUGUCGGAACAAAAUGACAACCUCGUGCUCCCGCUCAGCGGCAUAUUUCUCACGUCCAUGAUCCCCCUACGCCGCUAG